AUGGACUUUGAUGAAAUCACCAAGAAACUUGGAGAGUUUGGCCGCUACCAGAAAUUUUUGUACCUGCUGGUAUGCCUGACGGCAGCCAUAGUUGGAUUAUUUGCAGUAAUGGGAGGCAUUAUCCUCGCAAGUCCGGAACACAGAUGUAAGAUACCUGGCUUAGAGAACGACACCUUUGAAAUCCAGAAUGACGCCCACCAGGAAUUAAUAAGUAACUACAUUCCACCAUCCACAGACAAGUUGCUAACGUACGACAAGUGUCAUCUUUAUUCCUUCAAUUCAAGCUCCGUAACGUUUGAUAACUCUAGCCAACCAAUCAACGCCACGCUUAUCAAGUGUACAUCUUGGGUAUACAGCUAUGAUGUGUUCGACGAGACAGUUACAUCAAAGUUUGAUGUUAUGUGUGACAAUGCCUAUCAGGCCUCUAUCACAAAGUCGCUCUUCUACGCUGGAGUAUUUGUGGGAGCCUUCGUUUUCGGACAAAUGUCUGACUUUUUUGGCCGUAAGAAGACCUUCUAUCUCUCAGUUGUCUUGAUGUUGGCAUCGUCUCUUGGUCUGGCAUUCGCACCAAAUUAUAUCGGAUUUUCGAUCAUCAAUUUGAUAGUUGGAGCGGCGUCACAAGGGCUAUUUCUCACAGGGUUUGUGAUAGGUGUGGAGUUAGUUGGUCCAUCGAAACGGAUAUGGGCUGGAAUUGUCAUUGAAUAUGCCUUCGCUAUUGGUCUGGUGAGCCUCUCAUUUGUCGGAUACUUCGUUCGGUACUGGCAAUACCUUGUCAUCAUUUGUGCUCUCCCAUUCGCCUUAAAUUUGUCUUACUGGUGGUUACUACCGGAGUCGCCCCGAUGGUUGAUAUCCAAGAAGCGGUUUGAGGAGGCAGAGGCAGUGCUUCGUAAAGCUGAGCGGAUCAACAAGGUCAAACUGCCUGACAAUCUGUUUGAUAAAGACAUUGACGAGGUUCCAAAGCCCACUGGAAACUUCCUCCAACUCUUCACCAACCGAAUACUUCUCAUCAGGACCCUUAUAAUCUUCUUCAACUGGACUGUAGUGACUAUGAUAUACUACGGACUGUCUUUAAAUUCUGGAAACCUUGGAGGAAACUUUUACUUGAACUUCUUCCUUUCGGGAUUGGUUGAGUUCCCAGGGUACACGGUGGUCUUACUGUUCCUCGACCGGAUUGGUAGGAAACGUCUUCACUGCAUUUGCAUGAUAGUAGGCGGCACCACUUGUCUCAGCACGAUUUUCACAAUAUUAUUCGGUGGCAAAGAGUUGCAAGCGCUCACUACAACGCUAGCUAUGAUUGGUAAACUAGGAGCUGCUGCAGCCUUUGCGAUCAUCUAUAUAUAUUCUGCGGAACUGUUUCCUACGGUUGUCCGAAACUCCGCCCUUGGAGCAAGUUCAUGUGUAGGGCGCAUUGGAAAUAUAGCGGCGCCAUAUAUUGCUGAUGCAGGGAACAUGAUUGGCGGAAGAUUCGGAAAAGCGUUCCCUCUCAUAUUUUUUGGAGCGACUGCAAUCAUUGCCGGUUGUCUUUCUCUGUUCUUGCCGGAGACACUAAACGAAGAUCUGCCAGAGACCAUUGAGGAUGGUAUACUGUUUGGCACCGAUGCAUAUAAAAACAGAAAAAGGGAUAUUAGCAUGGAUGAAAAAGUGAUGCGACCAGAACAGAUGACAAAGCUUCUUCCACACGACCGAGAAACGAAAUGGACAAAUUAG